CGUGAUAUCCACACCAUCAACAAACUGCGCAAACAAAAAUUUUUCAAAUAGUGGGAAAAAAAGUGUAGCAAUAUAUUGAAAUAAUCUUCAGUGCAUAAUAUAGAUUCUUGCAAUAACCAACUUAAAAUCAUCAUAUAAUGGGUAGAGUUAUUCGUAACCAAAGAAAAGGUGCUGGUUCUAUCUUCACCUCUCACACCAGAUUGAGAAAAGGUGCUGCUAAGUUAAGAACCUUAGAUUACGCUGAAAGACACGGUUAUAUCAGAGGUGUCGUUAAGCAAAUUUUACAUGACCCAGGUAGAGGUGCUCCAUUAGCCAAGGUCGUUUUCAGAGACCCAUACAAGUAUAAAUUAAGAGAAGAAACUUUCAUUGCUAAUGAAGGUGUUUACACUGGUCAAUUCAUUUACGCUGGUAAGAAAGCUACCUUAAAUGUUGGUAACAUUUUACCAUUAGGUGCUUGUCCAGAAGGUACCAUUGUCUCCAAUGUUGAAGAAAAAGUUGGUGACAGAGGUGCUUUAGGUAGAACUUCUGGUAACUACGUUGUCAUUAUUGGUCACAAUACUGAUGAAGGUAAAACUAGAGUUAAAUUACCAUCUGGUGCUAAGAAAGUCAUUUCUUCUGAUGCUAGAGGUGUUAUCGGUGUUGUUGCCGGUGGUGGUAGAACUGAUAAACCAUUAUUAAAGGCUGGUAGAGCCUUCCACAAAUACAAGGUUAAGAGAAACUCUUGGCCAAAGACUAGAGGUGUUGCCAUGAAUCCAGUUGAUCACCCUCAUGGUGGUGGUAACCAUCAACAUAUUGGUAAAGCUUCUACUAUUUCUAGAGGUGCUGUUGCCGGUCAAAAGGCUGGUUUAAUUGCCGCUAGAAGAACCGGUUUAUUAAGAGGUACUCAAAAGACUCAAGAUUAAAUAAAAUAAUCAUGAUUACGUUAAUGUCAUUCUAACCACAAUAAACUCUCCAUAAUUUUUCAUUUUUAAUCAAUUAAUCAUAUGUCGCCAUAUUAGGAUAUAGGCAACAACAACAACAAUAACGUUAAUAUGGUAUCGUUUGAUGCUAUAUACAUAUAUAGAUUUUUUCCUUAAAUCUUUGUGCAUUACUUAAUAUAUUAUCAGCAAUCCUGUUUGUAAAUUUAAG